CCCGCCCCUAUGAGCGCACAAAGCCGGGGGGCCGCCGGAACCCUGGGCCCCGCCGCGAUCGGCCGCUGGAUCCCGACCGCCCAGGGCGCACAGUGCGGCCGCCGGGUGCGAGGGAGACGCACGGCAGCGCCAGCCUCCGGGCUGCGCUGGUUAGGUGGGAAUCGAGGGCAUUUCCUAGCGCCCAAGCCAUGGUGGCCAAACAGCGGAUCCGGAUGGCCAACGAGAAGCACAGCAAAAACAUCACCCAGAGGGGGAACGUAGCCAAAACCCUGAGGCCACAAGAAGAGAAAUAUCCCGUGGGACCAUGGCUGUUGGCACUGUUUGUUUUUGUUGUCUGUGGCUCAGCUGUCCAAGAAAGAUUGCCCAAGGCCCUGCGUGUUACUGGUCUUUGUACACCCGAAGCACAGUACCUGGCGCACACUGUCUUUCAGAUCAUUCAGAGCAUAAGGAUGGGCAUGUGAGGAGGCCCGGGGCUUUGACGCUGCCCCUCCUUCUGGAGGGCGGAGGACCACUUAAGCUUUUAGCCGGGUAUCUGUGGGAAGCAAACAAGCCACACAGAAUAGAAAAAAAGGUUCCCUCAAUUGUUCUCUGAUCACUUCAUCGUGGAUGUCAGACCAAAUUGCCUUCUCACAGGACAUCUUGGUCCAUCCGUGUUCUGGAGCGGAAAGGACAUUUUGCUUUUCUGUUGGCGGGAUUGGUAGCUCCCAGGUGUCUGCAGCAGCGGGCUGUCUGGUUUUGCCCUUGGUUUCACUGAUGUAUGCAUGUGGCCCUCUGUAUGAUCACCAGUUUACUUUCCAUGGAUUCAGCCUCUCCUCCAUUGGGAAUUGGUUUUACAAAUAAAUGUCUUUGUUCAACCUUA